AAAAAAGGUUACAGUAUAGUAUGAGUAUGCUUGUGUAUUCUUUUGUAAAAUUAUCAAUUUAAUAAUGGAUAUAUUUAUUUAAUUUUUUUUUGGAAGAAGGAGAUGUUAUUUAAUGAGAGGGAACCAAACCGGUGGUUUGAGAUAAUCAUAUGGCAGAAGAAGAAAGGUUGAGCGGCUCCUCUGCCGGCCCGAGCCCGACCCAUAAUCCGUGCCCCAUUUGCCUCUCCCCUACAACGCAAGAAUCCUAUUUGGAUCAGUGUUUCCAUAAAUUUUGCUAUCACUGCAUAGUGAAAUGGAUCAAUAUAGUUGCACGCCGGCAAUCCUGUUCAUCUUCAUCGAUGACUUGUCCUUUGUGCAAGAGAGAGAACUUCUCGAUUAUCUGUGGAUAUGAUGGAACUUCUUUUCAACGGCAUUAUGUUGGCAAGAGUUUGGGAGAUAGUGAAUUCUUUUCAGAAGCUCACAGAUAUAGGCUGAAAUGCUACUACACCGACCCAGGUGAUAUUGCUGAAAAAGUACAUGUUUCACUUUACUGGAAGUUUCGCAAGUAUCUACAGCAAAAUCAUUUCCUAGCUGACUGGUUGAGAAGGGAAAUUCAGGCUGUAAUGCAGGAGGAGGAUGUCGACGUUAUCAUGCAUCACGUACUUGGUGUUAUCGACUCGUUAAGAAGGGAUUGGUCAAAGAAGACUAGUGUCUCGACUGAAAAGGCGCGAGAAGAGUUCAGAGCGGCAGUUUCGGAUGCGGUGAGGCCAUUUUUGACAGGUAGGACAGAGAGGUUUGUAGAAGAGUUAGAAGUGUUUGUAGCGUCAGGCCUCAACAUGGAUGCUUUUGAUGAAAUGUACAUUAAGCAUUUAGGUUGGAAAGAGAGUGAGAAGGAUUGUGAUGAGACUCAUGAACCUACACCUGCUGUACCCUACUUGUACAUCUUUGAUGAAGAUGAUCAUCCUCAUCAAAUUUGAUUCUUUGUGCUCUUGUUAACGGAGGUUUGGUUUGAUGGA